AUGAUCGCGAUCAUCGAGUUGUACAAAAAGCAACCCAUAUGGCACGAAGAGCUCGCUGUACAUUGUAUUACCAUCGCUCUUCGCACUCACGACCAUCACGUUCUCGCUCUCGGUUCAAGUUUACCGAGUUCUCCUGCGCCUAUAUCCGUGUCCUGGUUUAGCCUCUUCGGACCCCGAAACGCAUACAGUUCGAGUUCUACGUCCGACGAAAAGUUACUUCUGUCGCUCCAAGCUUUAUUUACGCUACCCUUACGCUGCGUCUACGUUUACGACUCUUUAUUCAACAUGAUGGCCACUGCCCACUCAGCCGCUCCUCAUACCCUCCCUUCCUCCGCGGCCAUGUACUUUCCUCCGCCCAGACGCUCAGGUUCCACACUCCAGCCUCCCUCGGUCGCGCUUGGGGACUCACAUCGCCCGUGUGUGGAAUUGCAUAAACCGGUAUGGGUGAUUGACUACGACAGCAAUGAAGUAACGAUCACAGGCGAGAUUGAGGUCGAUACAUCGCACUUUGCUCGCCAUGCCGAGUUUGCGAUAGGGGUUGAACUUAGGUCUCCCACAGGCUUGGGUUCAAACUCGAACUGGCGCUCGGAAUGGAACCACGAUGGGCCGAACAACCGUCCCAGUUCAUUCAUUCAACUCGGCCAGCGAUUGACAGUGGAUGAGAGCGCUUAUACCACUGUGACGAUCAACCUCCCUCAGGCGCUCUUGCCUGCCUCGCAGCAGAGCAGAGUAUUCACACUCUCGUGCUGCGCGUUCUUGGUUGAUGAUCCGAGGGUCAAGUCUGAAAUGAAUAUUGCCAAAUUUAUGGUGGUCCGAAAAGCUGCACCUGCACCUGCACCUACACAUACACAUAUUGCUGGUCCGGUGAUGGUACCCGUUGUACAGGUUAUUCCUCCACCGUGCGAAACUGUUGUUAUUAGUUCUGGCAAGACUGGACACAGUGCCCGUGUAUGGAUGGGGAAAAAGGCGUGGGGAAAGGUCGCCAAGUGGUAG